GAGACCUCGGCUCACUCUCUGACCAGUUAUCUCCACAUUCACAGCUGCCUUUCUCUUUAUUUGGUCUGUUUGUGAGGACCUCUGCUUGUCUCAGAUCGUUCUAGAAGAUCUGGUUUCGGAGGCCGGUUUGCUUGCAGAUUGGUGCUUUUCUUCCUCUUUACCGGAUCAGCCUCAGGACUUCCUGUUUCUUUGAUUUCUGUGUAGGGAUCUGGAUUUUUCAGCCACACAGUUGGCUUGACCUUUCUGAAGCCAGCAGGAAAAGAGAGGCCUAGUGGAUGGGAGUUUCUGACGCGACUUGGCCCUAAUGUGAAACUACAUCCAUGUGGCUUCUUUCGGCCUCGCAUUAAAGUCCAAAAUGGAGAGCCCUCAGGCCCUUGGGUGCACGCUUAGAUGUGUGUUUCCCUCCUCAGACAUCUUAUGUCUAAUUCAGAUUUGCUGAAGCGGAUAUUCUUUCUCCUAAUGUCAUUACUGUCAUUUCUGACACACUCUGCUGAAUACUUAUGACUUUACAGAUUUUUAUUUUUUUUGCUGGAAUAUUUUCUUGUGAAAAAGUUCGGCUGUGGAGGAAGUAAAGACGGAGUCCGAUGCUGUUGACGGGAUGGAGGUGUCCGAGCCACCCAAAGCCGUCUCUGAUGUAGAAUCAACAGAGAAGAAGAGAAAAGCACCCAGUCCUCCACAUUCCUCAAAUGGACACUCUCCCUCCGACACGUCACCCAGUCCCACAAAGAAGAAGAAGAAACCAGGAUUAGUCAACAGCAAUAAAGAUCAAUGUGAGCUCAGACAUGGUCCCUUUUACUAUGUCAAGCAGCCCGCACUCACCACAGACCCUGUUGAUGUUGUACCGCAGGACGGGCGGAAUGACUUCUACUGCUGGGUAUGCCACCGCGAGGGCCAGGUGCUCUGCUGUGAGCUCUGCCCGCGCGUCUACCACGCCAAGUGCCUCAAACUGGCCGCUGAGCCGGAGGGCGACUGGUUCUGUCCAGAGUGCGAGAAAAUAACAGUGGCUGAAUGCAUUGAGACUCAGAGUAAAGCAAUGACCAUGCUGAAUCUGGAGCAGCUGUCCUACCUGCUGAAGUUUGCACUGCAAAAGAUGAAACAGCCAGGGACUGAACCAUUUCAGAAGCCAGUGUCACUGGAUCAGCACCCAGAUUAUGCCGAAUACAUAUUUCACCCCAUGGAUCUGAGCACUCUUGAGAAGAAUAUCAAGAAGAAAAUGUAUGGUUGCACAGAAGCAUUUCUGGCUGACGUGAAGUGGAUUCUACACAACUGUAUCAUUUAUAAUGGAGGGAACCACAAGCUGACAGCAACUGCUAAAGUUAUUGUCAAGAUCUGUGAACACGAAAUGAACGAAAUCGAGGUUUGUCCGGAGUGUUACUUGUCCGCCUGUCAGAAGAGGGACAACUGGUUCUGUGAACCUUGUUCUCAGCCUCAUCCUCUGGUGUGGGCCAAACUGAAAGGUUUUCCCUUUUGGCCUGCUAAAGCCCUGAGGGACAAGGAUGGACAGGUGGACGCACGGUUCUUUGGGCAGCAUGAUAGAGCCUGGGUGCCAAUCAACAAUUGUUACCUCAUGUCUAAGGAGAUCCCCUUCUCCGUGAAGAAGACCAAAAGCAUUUUCAACAGCGCCAUGCAAGAAAUGGAGGUCUACGUGGAAAAUGUGCGCAAGAAGUACGGUGUGUUCAACUAUGCCCCAUUCCGAACGGCUUACACACCCAACAACCUGUUCCAGAUGCUGCAGGACCCUAAUAACCCUAAAAAAGGCACAGUGAAGUCUGAAAAACAGGACAAAGUCAAAUUCAACUUUGACAUGACGGCAUCCCCCAAGAUGCUCCUCGGUAAGUCUGUGAUGUCGGGAGGAGGGGGAUGUCGGAUCUCUGUGACGGACAUGCCCAGGUCACCAAUGAGCACCAAUUCUUCAGUUCACACCGGGUCAGACCUGGAGCAGGACGAACGGGGGGCGAAAAUGUCGUCGAGUCACUGCAGCGCUGGUGAAGACUCAAUGGAUUGUACAGCGUCCCCUGCAUCUCUGAAGACAAGUGGCAGCCCUAAGCCUCUGCUAACUACACCGGUCAAACAGGAGAGGAGCUCAGGCACAGGAGGAAUCCUUAACCUCAAUUUGGAUCGUGUUAAAGCUGAAAUGGACUUAAAGGAGCUGAGUGAGGCUGUACAACAACAGCAGCAGCAACAACAAGGGGCAACAGUUCUCCUCACCUCCCCCAAAAAACCUACCAGAAGUUUGGAUAAAACUAUAGAGAGCUGCAAGGCCCAGCUGGGAAUCAAUGAGAUCUCAGAUGAAAUGUGCGGCGGCGUUGAGCACUCUGACUCGGACGACUCUGAUAAAUGUGACUCCAGCGACAGUGAAGAUAUGUCUGACGACGAGCAGAAACCCAAGAACACUAACCACAACAACACUGUCCACAAAGACUCCAAAAAGAGAGCCAGAACCCUGUCCACUCAAGAACAAGACCAAGACUCAUCAACUGCUGGAGGAGCAUCAGGCGGGGAGAAGAAAACCUCGGAUCCCCAGACCAAAGACAAGUCAAGCGGUGGCGCAGAGAAAGACUCUAAGGACAAGAGCAAACCUCAGCCACAGAACCAGAAGGAGAAGACCAAGUCUGCGCAGGACGUCCGGCCGGCCGGUUCGGAGCCGGAUGUGGACUCAGACUCUGAGCGCGAGCUGGUGAUCGACCUCGGGGAAGAACAAGGCAGGAGGGAAAAGAAGAAAGCCAAGCGAGACACUCCAGCGGCCCCCGUUUCUACACUGAAAGAUCAGACAGGUGUUAAAACCGAUGGUAAAUCUUCUGCAUCUACUAGCAUUUUAGCUACUCCGUCCACAGAUACCACUUCAUCAUCUUCCUCCAAUCCUGCUCCAAAAGAUGCAGCAUCAUCAGCCAUCAAGCCUCCGGCCGCCGUCACAGCUCCAUCUACCACUCAAAGCAGCUCCACCUCUGCUGCUCAACCCGUGUCCACCGUCCCAUCCGCUGCUAAUGUGGUGAAGAAACAGCGUCCUCUGCUGCCCAAGGAGAGCACUCAACCUGCCCAGCGGCCUGCCACCUGGAGCCCUGCUGCUGGGAAAUGGCACGUGCAGAAGGUGCAGAAACAGCAGCAGCAGCAGCAGCAAAGUGAGACUGUUCCUCAGACAGCAACGCAGAGCCAAACACAGUCCCAGAGCUCAGCCAACAGCAGCAGCAGCAGCAGCACACGAUACCAGACCAGACAAUCUGUCAAAGUUCAUCAGAAGGACAGCUCACCUGCUAACACGGGGUCUGGAUCAUCCAUUUCCAGUCUAGCUGGAGAUUUCCUCACCCCUCCGGCCUCUGCUGAUGUCGCCGCCGACAUCGCCAAGUACACCACUAAAAUGAUGGACGUGAUCAAGGGAACAAUGACAGAGAUCUACAACGAUCUUUCUAAGAGCACGACGGGAAACACCAUUGCAGAGAUCCGGCGGUUGCGGAUCGAGAUUGAGAAACUGCAGUGGCUUCAUCAGCAGGAGCUGUCAGAGAUGAAGCACAACCUGGAGCUGACCAUGGCUGAAAUGAGGCAGAGUCUGGAGCAGGAGAGAGAGCGUCUGGUGUCAGAGGUGAAGAAACAGAUGGAGCUGGAGAAACAGCAAGCUGUGGAUGAGACCAAGAAAAAGCAGUGGUGUGCAAACUGCAAGAAAGAGGCCAUUUUCUACUGUUGCUGGAACACAAGUUACUGCGAUUACCCCUGCCAGCAGGCACACUGGCCUGAACACAUGAAGUCCUGCACACAGUCAGCCACAGCAUCUCAGCAGGAAACUGAAGCAGAAGCAAGUUCAGAUGCAGCCGGAAAACCUGUAGGACAGUCCCCUAAAACCCAACCACCACCAUCUGCUGAAAAAACAUCGCCUGCAAACCGAGGGCCUUCCCCUUCCACAGACAACACUAAAAGCAGCUCCUCGGUUGCGGUCUCAUAACCCGAGUUCAAGAUGUUGUUUUUUUUAUCUUCAGAACGGUGCCAUUCAAAGAGAGUCAGAUGUGAACACCAAAGGACCUUGACUCAUUUCAGACAGACUUCAUCAUGUUCACUUUCUGUUCACUACAUCAAACUCCACAUUAGGAUAACGCCUAUAAAAGUUUGAUUCAUUUCUACGUGCAUUUCGUAUUUGAAUUUGUGACUUGUUUAGUACAAAAAAACACCCUUUGAUAUACAAUAUGCAACUGUAAAACUGUUGUCCUUUUUUUUAUACAUAUCAGCUUUUGUAAACGUCGACAAAUGUGUUUGAUAUCAUUUUUUUUUCUUUUUAUGUGAAAGAUGCACUUAGAAGUGCCUCUGGAAGAGCGAGUUUAUUUCAUACAAAGGUAAAUGUAAAAAAAAGUGCGUGUUUGUACAAGGUCAAAAACGUUGGGAGUAUGAUUGUGAGUACUAAUAGAUUGUCACUACGUUUCUUGGAAAGAUUCAAGGAUUUCUAUCUUUAAUGUCUUUCACCCGUGAAAGGUUUCUUCAUAAAGAAACAAAAGGAGCAAAAAUCUAGAGGAGUAAAGGAAAAGAUUUUACUUAUUGUGGGCAUGUUUCUUUCUUCCUCUUGUCUUGUGAACUCUCUUGUUUACAUACUGUAAAUACAAAAGAAUAAGCAGAGAUGAUAUCUGUAUGAAAAAAUAAAGUCUUCAUGAGGCAAA